AUGACAGACAAUACAGCCACAACUACAGCUACAGCUACAGCUUCUCAACUCGCAGACAUCAGCCAGAUACAAUCGCUCCUCAAAACAAAGGAUGAUACUCAAAGGUUCGUAGGGCUAGCGCUUCUUAAAUCUGUCCUCGAUGGCUCAGAACAACUACGGCAAGACGAGCAGACUGUACAGAGCUUGUGGUCCAGUCUAUCACCAAAGUUUCUUGAUCGCCUUUUGAGGACAGGUUCAAACCCUUCAACCAAGAAUUCCAACGAGUUGCUUGACUUGGUCGUGUCUGUUUUACACAUAUUCUCCAUUCUGCUUCCAGAUCAGGCUCGCUGUGACGCAAAAUUCAUCGACAGAAUCCCUCUACUCGUCAGCGCAGUCCUGUAUAGCUCUCACGAUACAACCAAGCUGAUACUUCAGCUGCUGCAUACCUUGGUCAGUUCUCAACAAGGAGCACAAACAUUCGUCAAGAUACAGGACUUUAGUCCCCUUACAGAAAUUGCACCUAGCCAUACACAGGUUCUCGACAUCUUCUCUUUUGCCUGGCUUAAUUCUACCACACGCGUUCAAAACCACGCUACACUGGCUAGACAAGUCGACGAUACAAUCCAAAGCCUGAUAUCAUCCUUUACUGGAACUGACGCGGUCACUCUCCUUGAGUUCCUUGGCUACUUUCUCCGCCACGCCAGCUCCGCCUUCCUACCCCAGCAACCAAAGUGGCUCAAGAAUGUUGUCAGCUACAUUAAGAAUCUCGUCACAAGCAGGCCAACACCUGAGGCUCGUGCAGCCUAUACCAACGCCACUGCUUCAAUACUUCAGGCCUUCCCCAGCGAAGCUCCCAAACUCGUCUUCGCAGACGAUAGAAAGGAGGACAAGGCAUUUUCUUACCUACUCAUCAACCUUCUCCUCAUCGACAUACGUUCUUCCGCUCCUAGUCUUCUGGAACAGCUAAACAAGCCCGAAUAUUCCAAGAUAUCGACACGGCUCACAUCUGCUUUCGAUGUCAUCUCUGUCUUCGUCGGAUAUCUCGUACAAUGUCUUGAAGACGAAUCCCUGGAGACUUUCUUCAUGUCCCCUGAAAACCUUCUCAAGCUCCGCAAGGGAAUCUCGGAGACAAUGUCCCUCACGGCCGAAUAUCUGCGUGACCGAUGGGACGCAUCAGUUGCUGGAGCGAUGGGUUUGCAUCCUGACGCUCGUACUAGCACAGCAGACACUUCGACUGGGAAACACCACACACUGGCCUGGGACUCGAUGAAAGAUAAUGCUGAUGACGACAUGUUUAUACUAUCUGCUGUACGAGCGUUGGCACUCUGGUUACGAGAGGAAGAGGACGGCACCCUGCGAAAAGAAGCUACAGGAUUGAUCGAUAUGUUUAUGGACCUCUACAAAUCUAGCUCACAAGACAAGCUCGACUUUCGAUCUGCUGUGCUUGUCGCACUGGAAGGGCUGACUACAUUGCCACAAGGGCGCGAACUUUUUCUUGCCAACCAAGGUUGGGCAAUUCUUACUAGCGAUCUCGGCUCAGUUCUUCAGCAUAGCCGGACACUUCAAGACCAAGACACAGCGCGAGCCACUGAAAUUGUUCGCGUCCUGCUUCCCAUAGUUGAGCAAGAAACGGGUGGUGUACCUGAGGGUUGGAUGGAUCUGAUUACCGCAGUAGCAGCAUGGGACAUUCCAGACUCUGGACUCUCACCCCUUUGUCAGGAAGCGAUGGUUGCUGCUUUGCAACUCUGCUGCGCUAUACUUGUCGAAGCCAACUCGGCCAUGCGGCAAAGGUAUUGGCACUCCAUGGCUGCUAUCCAUGGCAUUGCAGCUCAACUAGACAAGCAGCUCGGAAAGGACGACCCCGAGAGGGAGAUGCUAGAGGAUGUACUUACUACACUGGCGUCGUUGAGUCAGUAG